AUGAUCUUACGUACCACACCCUGCAUGCGCGUUACUAGGAUAGAAAUAUGCAGAAAUACGGAGACAACAACUAGAACUAGUCGAUCAUCCGUGAAACCAUCGAUACAUAUCCCCAAACUCAGCUAUAAUCCCCAGACAAAUCAUUUGUCGUGUGCUAAUGGAAAGGACAUCAUGACGCAGCAAAAAAAAAUUCUUGGUGAAUUAGAAGGAUUUGUAUGUGACGUCGAGGACCCUUUCUCGCCGCGGCAGUUUGCUGGCGCGUUCUUGUUCUCUGUACUAUUUGUUUUCCCUGUUAUCUACAUCACAGUGUUGUUGAGCUAUCGAUCGCAGCUAGUACAACUUGCGUGAAUCUUCCUCAAUUGAGAAAGGCAUGAUCAUGAACAAGGAGAUCCAACUUGUUGAACGGAAUUUUUCGGUCUAGUCGUACCAGUAGAGGCCGUUGUUCAAGUUCAUCGUGAUCAAAUGUUACAAGAAGUAGAGCUGCUGUGAUAUCUAUCGUGGGGACCAAGGCAUUAUAAGUAGCUGGCUGAGAGAGCGAGAGGACGAGGAGUGCGGAGCGACCCUUCCAAUUUCCCGCGCUACGGGACGACAAGGACCUCAUCUACUACCUCAUAAUUCUUCAGUUGAAACUUUCAACAAGCAGCAAAAA